AUGAGUCUGAUAUUUAUGGUUGUAUUUUUUCUGGGGAUAUCAACAACAUCAGCAUUUGACUCAACUCUAACAAACAAUACUCUUAAAACAACCAAGAUAGAGAGGUCGAGUCCUAUCCCGGAAGAUUGUUUGGAAUUUACUCCUCAAAGUUGUUCCGGUGUUUGUGGCCAGUUCUUUGCUUUAUGGUGUUCAUGUGAUGAAUAUUGCUUGGUUUAUGGACGAUGCUGUUUUGACUAUGAAUCAGUUUGUAAAGAAGAAUCGGAGAAAUCCAAAAAAGAUCAUGAGAACCUGAUGAACGUUACGAUGGAAUGUGACAGUAAAUUAUCAGGAAAAGAUGUCCCACAACAGAUUAUUACCAGUUGUUCUCUAACCAAUGUAUCUGUCAAGACUGUAGAAUUGUGUGAAGAAGAAACCAGAUCGUCCGUAGUUGUAACCAAAGUGAUGUCAAAAAGGACAGAGCUGCAUUAUAAAAACCGACAUUGUAUGUUAUGUAAUGGUGAAGACGAAGACGAUAUUGUUUAUUGGUCCACAAUGAUUGGAACUAAUAACCGUAGAAUAAGGGCUAGCAGUGGGAAUGACAUAUUGGGAUUAUUCCGCAAUCAUGUAAUUUUUAUCCCUCCCCCUAAUUCAAGAGAAAUUAUAUGUUACCCCGGUAUGAUAACGUCCUGUGUACCUUCUGCUGCUCAGGAAGAACAACGCUUGUGUGUGGAAAAUGCCCUAUCGCCCAUUAAAUACCAAAAGUCAAUGUAUAAAAACACAUUUUGUCUUCAAUGUAAUAUUGUAUUAGAGCCAACUGACGGUUGCUUCUCGGCGAAACGAAAAGAUAUAUUUUAUGGUACAAAUGAGCAUUCUUUCACUCUUUCAAUACUUCUCAACUGGAAACAAAAUAGAGAAUCGUUUGUCUUUCUUGACUCUAAAAUGAGUCUUAUUCAAAAUUUAUCUUGUUCUUUCGAUGAUAAUGACAAUGUAAAGGAAUGUAAAGUAAGAAAAUGUGUUGGUACUCUGCCAUUAGUCAAUAAUACCUGUCAGACAUCAAAUCUUUUUGGUUGUAUUCAAUAUUUUUUCAAAAUUAAUUUCACUGUACCUUCCGAAUCAUCCCGUGAAAUGGCACUAGAAGUAGAACGUAUUUCCUCCAAACUCGUUCAGACAGCUGCCACUUUAGAACGUAUGCAUAACGUUAACAAAUACUACAGUCAAAAUGUUACGCUGUAUAAUCUAACUAUAGUUGAUGAUCAGCUAACAGGUAUUAUUAUACUCAAUAGAAUGGCUUAUAAUUUGUGUAAUUCUCAAUUUAGUUUACUAUCAUACAGACGAUAUUAUGAGUAUCUAGAUACUAAUUUGGCUUUCAAUCUAACAGGUAGCAUUACUACAUAUAGAUAUUCAGUUAGAUGUUAUCAUUGGUGCCGACUGAAUCCCACUGAUGUACCGAUAGCAGCGACCAGGUUAUACCAGCGUUUCUUUACUUGCAACACAGAAAUUGAUCUUGAUUCGACAUCUUCUGUAACCAAAUUAACACCGAUAUCUGUUUCUUCUGAAACCAAAUUAACACCAAUAUCUGUAAACGUAGUAUUUUUCAUGGUCAUAUUGGUGGCCCUAUUAGCAUAA